AGGACCGCGGGGCACAGCUGGGGACGGCUGCCCCUCUUUCCCGCAGUGCUGACCCCGCAGUCGUCCUCCACUGGGGCUCGGGCCGCCCUGGCCGGGGAUGGCGGCGGCGGCCGAGCCCGGGGCCCGCGCCUGGCUUGGCGGCGGCUCCCCGCGCCAGGGCAGCCCGACCUCCAGCCCGGAGCUGGGCGCCGGAAGCCGCUCGCGGUCGGGGCCGGGGUCCGGGCCGGGGUCGGGGCCGGGGUCCGGGCCAGGGUCGGGGCCGGAGCGGGCGGGCGCUAGGCCCCUGGGCCCCGCCGCGCCGGGUCACAGCUUCAGGAAGGUGACGCUCACCAAGCCCACCUUCUGCCACCUCUGCUCCGAUUUCAUCUGGGGGCUGGCCGGCAUCCUGUGUGACGUCUGCAACUUCACGUCCCACGAGAAGUGCCUGAAGCACGUGAAGACCCCGUGCGCGAGCGUGGCACCCAGCCUGGUCCGCGUCCCCGUGGCCCACUGCUUCGGCCCCCGGGGGCUCUACAAGCGCAGGUUCUGCGCCGUGUGCCGAAAGAGCCUGGAGGCGCCCGGGGUUCGCUGCGAAGUGUGUGAGCUGCACGUUCACCCCGACUGUGUGCCCUUCGCCUGCAGCGACUGCCGCCAGUGCCACCAGGACGGGCACCGGGACCACGACACGCACCUCCACCACUGGCGCGAGGGAAAUCUGCCCUCGGGCGCGCGCUGCGAGGUCUGCCGAAAGACUUGCUGCUCGUCCGACGUGCUGGCCGGCGUGCGCUGCGAGUGGUGCGGCGUCCAGGCCCACUCGGUCUGCUCCGCGGCUCUCGCCCCCGAGUGCACUUUCGGGCGCCUGCGCACCAUGGUCCUGCCGCCGGCGUGCGUGCGCCUGCUGUCCCGCAACUUCAGCAAAAUGCACUGCUUUCGGAUUUCCGAGAGCACGGCCCCUGAGCCCGGGGAGGGAGAAGACAGCGUGGACGGAAGCUCCCCCGCCGGCCCAGGGAGAGAGGUGAUGACACUAGAGUCCAGCAAGCAGACUCUGAAGAUCUUUGACGGCAACGACGCAGUGCAGCGAAACCACUUUCGUGCCAUCACCGUCCCCCGCCUGGCCAAGAGUCAGGAGGUGCUGGAGGUGGCGCUGCGGGCCUACUACAUCACGGAGGACCCUCAGGGCUUCCAGCUGCAGGCGCUCCCUGCACCUGCUCUGGCUGGCAACACCGGGGCCUCAGGAAAGGCCGAGGAGGAGAGCAGUAGAGGCCCAGGGGCCCGAGACGCUCCCAGCAUCACUCGUGUUCCCGAGGCCUGGAUCAUUCGCGCUCUGCCCCGCACCCAGGAGGUCCUGAAGAUCUACCCUGCCUGGCUCAAGGUGGGUGUGGCCUACGUGUCCCUGCGUGUGACCCCGCAGAGCACUGCCCGGACUGUGGUGCUGGAGGUCCUCCCGCUGCUCGGACGCCAGGCCGAGGGGUUGAAGAGCUUCCAGCUGGUGGAGGUACUCAUGGGCAGCAAGCAAGUCCAGCGCACGGUGCUGGCGGACGAGGAGCCUUUGCUCGACCGGCUUCGUGAGAUCCGGCAGACAUCCCUGCGGCAGAUGAGCCAGACGCGGUUCUAUGUGGCUGAGAGCAGAGUGGUGGCCCCGCGCGUCUCUCUGUUCGUGGGUGGCCUGCCCCCUGGCCGGUCCCCCCAGGAGUAUAGCAGUCUGCUGGACGAGGCUGUGGCCAGCAAAGCUGGCCUGGUGUCCGUGAGCCACGUCUACUCCGCACAAGGUGCCGUGGUGCUGGACGUGGCCUGCUUUGCGGAGGCCGAGCGGCUGUACAUGCUGGUCAGGGACACGGCUGUGCACGGCCGGCCGCUGACCGCUCUGGUGCUCCCGGACGUGCUGCACCUGAAGCUGCCCCCACACUGCCGCCCCCUGCUGGUGUUUGUGAACCCCAGAAGCGGAGGCCUCAAGGGCCGUGACCUGCUCUGCAGUUUCCGGAAGCUGCUCAACCCCCACCAGGUCUUUGAGCUGACCAACGGGGGGCCGCUGCCCGGGUUCCACGUGUUCUCCCAGGUGCCCUGCUUCCGGGUGCUGGUGUGUGGCGGGGACGGCACCGUGGGCUGGGUGCUUGAAGCCCUGGAGGAGAUGCGGCACCGCCUGGCUUGCCCAGAGCCUGCCGUGGCCAUCCUGCCCCUGGGCACAGGGAAUGACCUUGGCCGGGUCCUCCGCUGGGGGGCGGGCUACAGCGGAGAGGACCCGUUCUCCGUGCUGGUGUCGGUGGACGAGGCGGACGCCGUGCUCGUGGACCGCUGGACCAUCCUGCUGGACGCUCAUGAGGCCGGCAGUGGGGAGAACAGCGUGGCAGACGCGGAGCCCCCCAAGGGGCAGCGGGGAGCACAUGGUGGGGGCCGACCGGGGCCAAGGGACAACGCGUCUUGUUCUCAGAUCGUGCACAUGAGUAACUACUGUGGGAUUGGCAUCGACGCAGAGCUAAGCCUGGACUUCCACCAGGCACGAGAGGAAGAGCCCGGCAAGUUCACGAGCAGGUUCCACAACAAGGGCGUGUACGUGCGGGCUGGGCUGCAGAAGAUGAACCGCUCCCGCGGCCUGCACAGGGCCCUGCGGCUGCAGGCGGGGCGGCAGGAGGUGCAGCUGCCUAGCAUCGAGGGGCUCAUCUUCAUCAACAUCCCCAGCUGGGGCUCGGGGGCCGACCUGUGGGGCUCCGAGAGUGACUCAAGAUUCGAGAAGCCACGCAUGGACGACGGGCUGCUGGAGGUGGUGGGGGUGACGGGCGUCGUGCACAUGGGUCAGGUCCAGGGUGGGCUGCGCUCCGGCAUCCGCAUCGCCCAGGGGUCCUACUUCCGUGUCACCCUCCUCAAGGCCGCACCUGUGCAGGUGGACGGUGAGCCCUGGGUCCAGGCUCCCGGGCACAUGAUCAUCUCGGCCGCAGGCCCGAAGAUGGGCUGAGAUGGCAGCGGCCGUCCUAGGACCCGGCACCAGGUGGCCUGCAGUAUUGCACAGCCCUCAGACCUUGCCUGUCUCGGGACAGGUCCACAUGCUCAGGAAGGCCAAGCAGAAGCCCAGGAAGGCGGGGACCCCCAAGGAUGUGCGAGCAGAUGGGGCGCCUGCCCCUGAGGGGGACUCCAAGUAGAGGCGGCUCCUGGAGCAGCGCUCGCUGGUGGAUGUACUCGCCCACAGCCCUGCCCUUGGGUGUUUCCCUCUUGUCCCGUCCCCGUGCCACACACAAGUGCUGGGUGGCCUUCGUCCCAGUGAUGGGCGGGCACGGGGCUCUCUGGGGCCCGGGCCACUGUCCUGGAGGGCACACACUCCUCCCCAGGUCCCUCUGCCACCUCUGACCCCUUCAGCCAGGCAGUGCUGCACCUCACCUCAUGCCCCUUGGGCUGGCCCCCUGGAUGCUCCUACAGGGCAACUGGCUCUCUGGACCCUGGGGUUGCCCAGCACAGACACGGGACACCCUGGCCACUAGCUCUUUGGCCUCACCUCUCCACCGAGGGCUGUCCUGGGGGACGUGCCUCUCCAGGCCCGGGUGGUGUCUGGCCGGCCCAGUCGGAAGCUGGCUGGUGGCCCCAGAGUGACAGGGCUGGGAUGGGAGGGCCCCGAGGAGGCCAGGUGGUGCCCAGGAGGUAGCAGGAGCCUGGCUGGGGGCCCAGAGGAAGUGCGGAGAGCGUGCGGAAGAGCGGGGGCGGCUUCAAUCAGCAAGGCCGACGCGGCACAUGACCAUCGUGGCGCUCGGCCUCCCAUUUGCCGACAGUCAGCACACGGGUGCCGUGCCCGCUGCUGGGCAGACGGGACUCGUAUGAUCUCCGUGCGUCUCCACGCGGAGACCUGGCGAAACAGGAUGCAAACGUGGCUGUCUAGCGGGCCACUCGCAGAGCCCCUACCACAGAGCCCCCGAGUUUAGCCGGCCCAGAGUCUCGACCUGGUCCCCAGAAGAGCCCGACCCCAGCUGCCUGGGAGCCCCCAAAGCCCCAGAGAAGGGUCCACGAGCCCCUCUCCUGAUCGCCUGGUCUCUUUGCCUUUGGCGCUGUCUUGCCGCUGGGCCCUCGCACCCUGGGUGGUGGCCUCACCCUGACAUUUGGCCCCAACUUCGGACAUGGCCUGCCCAGCCCCGUACCCGCCAAGCUCGUGCCAAAACUGUCCAGACACGUGCAUCGGAACAGCCGUGGGUGGCGGCCCGUCCUCGCCACGUGCCUCUGGUAGCCGCUGUGUGUCCCCAGGUCUGCGUCCCCGGGGAUGGCAUCAGCUUCUGCUUUGCGGGCCCCGUUGGUCAAUGUGGACCGUCUUGUAAAUUUUGGUUCAGGUGAACGUGUCCUCUGUGCGUGCGUGAGUGACUCUGUGUGCCCGGAGGGGCUGCGUGGGCUCUGCACCGCCCCCCCCCAUUUGUAACUUAUCACCUAAAGGAGACCGUAAUUUAUAUGUGGGACAAAUACAGUCUGGGCGUCCUGUCCU